AUGAGAAGCAUCAUGUCAGAAGAAAGCAUUAUAAAAGCAGGGAAACCCAUCUGCUCAAACCAUCUUUGCGCUUGGGGCAAUGACGCAGCUAGUGAGAGUGGCAAAGCUUGUCUAGGCGAUAUAAUCUAUCACUACAUAACUGCUGAUCAGUUCUCUCCAGAAAGUAUCCUUGAUUGCCUAGAUCUAUCAUCAGAGCAUCAAACUCUGGAAGUAGCAAACAGAAUUGAGGCAGCUGUGCAUGUGUGGAAACAGAAAGACAGGAAGAGAUGUACAAAUCACCUGAAGGCUAAACAUUCAUCAUGGAGUGGCAAGGUCAAAGGCCUUGUUGCUCAUGGCCAAAAGAAUCAUUUUCUGGGUGAAAGAGCUGAGACCCUCUUAAAUUGGCUGAGAUUUCGAUUCCCAGGUCUUCCGCAAACUGCAUUGGAUAUGAACAAAAUUCAAUACAAUAAGGAUGUGGGGCAGUCUAUUCUUGAAAGCUAUUCAAGAGUAAUGGAGAGCCUGGCCUUUAACAUAAGGGCCAGGAUUGAAGAUGUCCUUUAUGUAGAUGAUGCCACCAAGCAAUGUGCUGCAGCAGAAUUGAAGUCCUUCUUCCGUAGGGGAAGUUUGGAUGGUCUUCCUAUCCAAAAACGAAUUUCACCUAGCCCCUUCUCGAUUCAACACACCCCUUAUAGCUCUCCAUUUGCAACACCGACUUUCUGCGCAUCCCCUCCCAUGGGCAGAACCCCAGAGAGGGUCCCCUCUCCUUUAAACUUUUGCAGACUUGAAAAAAAAUUGGAAAAAUCAAUACCAGCCGACUUCGAGAAGCUGUGGUCCUAUGCUGGGAGCCUCAGUGCCAGAAAGACUAUUGGUGGGGAUGCUCCUGAGCGCGAUUGAGCAAAGUGAGUCAUAUCAAGGAAGUUGCUUACAUAGGCUUUAGAUCCCUCUGGAUUUUGUUGUGGUGGUAAAAAUAGGAUGGUGUUAUUGAUCUUGUAUAUUUGUUUAGCAAAUAGGAUAUCAUGGUUGAAAGUUAUUAGUUGCUAGAUGGAGAAAGAGAAUUAUGUUAUUGAUGUAUUGAAAAAUCUUUCCCCUUUAUCUCGAAGUGGGCAUUUUUGUUGAACCCUGGGAAACAUGGUCUAAAGAAUUUUAAACUCUACUGUAUAAAAAACAAUGAAAAGCUAUCAGGAGGCACACGAGCCUUGGCACGGUCAAA